UAGUCUGAUUGAUCCCGAAUUCCCAACAUGGUUUCAGUGGGUCACAUGGAUCUGCACCAGGUAUUGAGAGGGAAGCCCUUCAUUUCUUCACAGAUUCAAGUUUUCAUUGUGAAGAUGCCUGCGCUUGGAGAGGAUACACCAGUAUAAAAAGCAGAAACGCUUCAUCAUUAGGCUGCAGUGUCCAACGCUGUGGAACGAGUCGUCAUGCUUGAAGUCAGGAUUUGGUCCAUCAGACUAUCUGUUCAGCUCCUGCUUUGGUCACAACUCCUGGACAGUCAACAAACAUCAGAUCACAGGAAGGUGCCUCAGAGGACAGAGUCUCAACAGGAGUUCAGGGCGGAGUAUGGGGAAAUUCAGGGAGCCUGGGGCACCUGGAGUGCCUGGUCAACCUGCUCCCGGACAUGUGGGAAAGGGGUACAAGAACAGACAAGGCCCUGUCUGCCUGUGUACACUCAAUACCCCUCCAGAGGAGCUGCCGUUCAGCCCCAGCAGCCAGGCCAUGUCAUUUCAGCUUUGAAACCUGCUGCUGCUCCACGCCACAGUGGUGUCAGAGCCUUCGACAACAGCAGCAGCAGCAGGGGAGAGCUGAGGAGGGAGAAGCAGAGCAGGCCAGGCGAACGCAGGAAGGUCACCCACAUUGUCCCAGGGAAGUAUGGAUAUGGACGGGCACCUCAUGUGGCUCCACUGUUAGUGGAUUCAGGCAGAGGCUCAGCUUCGCCUCGCCUCCACAGACAAAAACGCUCUCCUGCUGCUAACUCCCUUCAGGCCUUUCCUAGAGGGCACACCGACCUCAGAUCACACAAACUGGAUGCCUCCAACAACCUCCAUCGCUUUACCAGGGUGUAUGUGCAUCCCAGGACUCAACAUCCCAGGAAAAAACAACUCUGGACUUCCCUUUACCAGCCUGCAUCCUCCAAACAGGCUGAGGUCCAGACUGGGAGUCACACCUCCAGCCACCAGCUGUACCAGGAGAGACCUUACAACCCACUGCCUUCAUCCUUCUGUACAGGGGAGCACGCUCACUACAGGAUCUGCAACAGUAAUGAUUGUCCUCCGUCCAGCAAAGACAUCAGAGCGGUUCAGUGUUCUUCCUACAACAACCAGCCUUUCAUGGGCAGACUCUAUAAAUGGGAACCUUUUAAUGAAGUUCCUGGGGAGCAGCAUUGUGAGCUGAACUGCCGGGCCACUGGGUUCAGAUUCUACGUGCGACAGUCAGACAGGGUGAUUGAUGGCACACCGUGUGGACAAAAUGAAAUAAAUCUGUGUGUGGCAGGACGAUGCACGAGCCUUGGGUGCGAUGAAUAUCUUGGAUCUGGAAAGGUGGUUGACAAAUGCGGCGUGUGCGGCGGUGAUAACUCAACCUGCAGGCUGGUCUCAGGACUGUUCAAACACAGCUUGUCCAAGAUUGGCUACCACAAGAUCGUGGAGAUCCCAGAGGGAGCCACGAGGAUCAACGUGACGGAGAUGGUGAAGAGCAGAAACUACUUGGCUCUGCGAAGCCGUUCAGGGAGAUCCAUUAUAAAUGGAAACUGGGCUAUCGACCGACCGGGGAAAUAUGAGGGUGGAGGUACCAUGUUCACCUACCGCAGACCCAAUGAGAUCAGCAGUACAGCUGGGGAAUCCUUUCUUGCUGAGGGCCCCACCAAUGAAAUUCUGGAUGUUUUUAUGAUCUUUCAACAACCAAACCCUGGAGUUCACUACGAGUACAUUCUCCCCUCUGAGAAAGCCGUCAAGCCUCAGCAACCAACACAAACAGCAGAAGAAUCUGCGAGAGGACAGGAUGAGUAUACGCAGCAAAUCCACACGCAGCAGGAGAACUUCAACUCUGCAGGUGGGGGGAGAUAUCACCCACAUCUUCCUGACAACCAGGUGCCUGCUGUGGUUCCUCCAAGACGUGACAGGGCGUACAACUGGAAACUGACUGGCACCACUGAAUGCAGCGCCUCCUGUGGAAAAGGUUUCAGAAAUUCAAUCUUCCGCUGCGUCCACCGGCUGAAUCAUGUCGAGGUGUCAGAUGCUUUUUGUGAAAGCAGCAGCCGCCCAGGUCCACAGGAGGAAGCCUGCAACCUGCAACCCUGCCCAGCAUUUUGGGACAUCGGAGAGUGGUCGGAGUGCAGCAAGACCUGUGGACUGGGCAUGCAGCACCGGCAGGUUCUGUGCCGCCAAGUCUAUGCCAACCGCACCCUCAACGUCCACUUGAGCCACUGUCAACACCUCGAGCGACCCGAAACGGCCAGUACCUGCCAGCUCAAGAUCUGCAGUGAGUGGCAGAUUCGCUCUGAGUGGACAUCUUGUUCGGUGCCAUGCGGGGUGGGUCAGAGGUCAAGAGAGGUGCGCUGUGUCAGCAACGUGGGUGACUUCGUUCCUGAUGAGGAGUGCAACAUGAACCUGCGACCCAGCAAUGUAGAGAACUGCGACAUGGGAACCUGUGCCAAGAGCUGGUUCUACACUGACUGGGGAAACAGGUGCUCCGCUGAAUGUGGGAUGGGUGUCCGAACCCGCAGCAUUCUUUGCCUGACCAACCACAUCGGCAGCCUCCCUCUGGAGGGGUGUGGCAGCGAGCGGCCUGCAGAUUCCCAGGUCUGCAACAACGGUCCCUGUGACAAUCGAAUCGAGUGGUUCACAGGUCCUUGGAGCCAGUGCUCUGCAGAAUGUGGCACAGGCAGUCAGCAGAGGUCAGUGGUGUGCCUGAUAAAGUCCGAUGAAGGAUUUACCACCAUGCCACCCUAUGAAUGCUCAUCCUUGGAACGACCACUCAGUCAGCAGAGCUGCAACAUUAAGACCUGUGGGGCAAAGUGGUACCACACUGACUGGAGUGCAUGUUCAAAAACGUGCGAAGGAGGUUUCCGCAUUCGGGAGGUGCGCUGUCUGUCAGACGACAUGCUGUCCUCUGAGGCCUGUGAUGAGCAACUGAGACCAGCGGACAGGGAGGACUGCAGCCCUGAGCCCUGCAUACCUCAGAUAGACCUGAACUGCAGAGACAAGUACUACAACUGCAACGUGGUGGUCCAGGCUCGCCUCUGCGUUUACGAUUAUUACAAAACAGCAUGCUGUGCAUCUUGUUCACGCAUUGCACACAAACAGAAAGUACACCGAGGUCGCAGCUAGCACCGACUUCCUGAGGAUCCGAAUUCACACCCACUAAAGGCUCUCUGACCCUGAGCCUACUUGGACAGAUGGACGGACAGGACCUUUUUCAGAAAGGACCCUCGUUAAUGUUAAGAGGGAUGAAAACCUGAGAAGGACCAUUUGUGUUGGAUCUUUUACGGGUUGCUGUUGGGGAACAAAAAAGGCUAUGAAUCAUGUGUGACAUGAAUCCACGUGCUGGAAAGAAGGAACGUUAUCCGGAUCAACGAGAGCCACAACAAACAGAGGAAUCAGAAAAACUUGUUGGGUUCUCGUUCUUCAGUUUGUGAUGAAGCGUUUACAGCUGGCUCUUGUGCAUCACUUUGUCCAGAGGAGACUGCCAGAAAACCCUCUGUGGAGGAUAUAUUCUAGCAAAGUGGAAACUGUCCAGCAUAUAAUAAGCGGUUUCACAUCCAGCCUCACUAACAUGGGCUCAUUAAACUGAGCCCGGCACAAAAACAUUCCUUUCAUAAACAAAUUCUGUGCAUUAAACCCUCCAUGGGACUAACGACGUGUCCGUUCCUACACUGCCCCGAGAUGUAAAAGCAGCUUUUGUAAUAUAAUUAUCUGUAUAUAUGUUUAUGUAUAACAGUUUGAUAAAUGUUUAGUUUUUUUAAUGGUUCUCUGACUCUCCCACAUAACCUAAAAGGAGGGGGGAGUCCUCUUUAUUUAUGUAUGUGACUCUCCAGGGUGGAUGCUACUUUAUCGGCCACCGGUGGCUUCUUUUCAGCUGUUCUGCCUCUAAUCCAAUCACAGCCUCCGAACCGGACGUGGGCGUCCCACAGCCUGCUGGAUGGCAGAACCAGAUGCUGCAGACACUGGUGAUUUUUGAUAAGUUGAAAACAUGACUUUCUGUUUUCUUUUCUUCCCUGUGGGUCAUGAUCACUCCACAACUGAUCAAUCCUUGACACACAACUUUUACAAUAUUAUUAAUGCUUUAUAUAGCUGUAUUGUACACAUGGCUUGAUUUGAUAUCUCUGUGGUUCAUAAAUUCCCGUUGAUUAUUUAGCCCUUUUUACCAUGACAAUGUUGUUUAUAAACUUUCUCAUGUAGUACCUCACAAGUGUUGAGCAUUGUUAUUACUAAUCCCCUCUCAAUUUAAGUCUGGCUACUGAUUAGAGGUAUUUCAGUAGUUGAGAUUAUAAUUCAGACAUUACACACAAUUUCAGGCCUUCAUUUCUGUUAAUGACACCCAAAACAGGUUUGUCUGCAUUUUGGAUCAUCUUCAGCUUGACAAUACUCCACUGAUUCUUUAUUGGGUUUUGGUCAGAAAUGCUGUUAUUAAAUCAUAUAUCUGCACUUCUGUCAGAUAUCUGAUUUAGAUAUCUGACAGAAGAUAUCUGCACUUCUGUCAGAUAUGUUCAUUUCCUUUCUAAGAAAGGAAAUGAACAUUUCUCUAAAAAUUGUCGAGAAAAUGCUGAACAGCUGCACUGACUUCGGACUCGAUGAAACACAGUGGACCAAAACCAGUGAACUCCAGACACGACUCUUUAAAUCUUCAUUAACUUUACACUGAACCCUAAUCAACUUAUUCUAUGCAUCUCCAUUUUUCCUCUAAUCUCUGAAAGCUGAAUUUCUAUGAAAUGCUGAAACUAUAUUAGUCUGAAAAUCUGAAAAGAUCAUACCUUGAUCUUCUGAUGUACGUGGUUCCGGAUGGGUUAAAGCAAAGAAUGUAGCAGCUGUAGUUUAUGUCCUGGAUAUGUCUAUGUGUGAUGGAUCAUGAAGCACUGACUCCAGCUGCAGGCCACACUUUGUAAAUCAAUCCCAACUCUUGAAUAAUCUUUGUUCAUCCAGCCUGGGUGAACUAAUUUUAUCUCUAAAAUAAGCCAUGGGAGGAUGCAAAUUGUUCAUUGAUCUUCACCUUUAGCCUGUUCGCCGUCUCACCAAAGGAGAAGAGUAUGUAUGCAUCUGUGUGAAUCACAGAUGUGAAAAGAAAACACAAUCUAUAUUCCCUACUCUUCUUUUUCUUUGUUUACCUUUGAGGAUGUUAUUUAAAUAGACUAUGUUUAAAAAUGUCAGAGGAAUAUGUGGUUUUACACUCAAACCUUUCCUGAGAAAAUUGCACUUUUCUGAUGGUGGUUGUUGGUGGAGUUCACAUUUUUGGUUCAGAUUUUCCUCAUUUUCUACAAACAGACUCUGUUGUUGUUGCCCCAAACAGGUCAGAUGUUCAAACUGAGUGAUCAUCUCCUGCUUAAAUUGCAAAUUUAUUUACCAUUUUAUAGUUUGACCUGUGUUUUAACCAGUGGCAGAUGCAACUUUCUAGUCAAUAUGUGCUGUCAUCUGAAAACAAUAUCUCCUUUUGAAACAUGCUGUUCUCCUUCCAUGGCUACACCUUUUCUCAAAAACUUACUACACAAUAACUUAAAAAAUGAAAACCUCAUGGAUUAGACAUAGUAGAACCUAACACAGUUUACUUAAAGGCAAGUGGAAGAAUUGGAUUAAUAUGUAAAAAUGCUUCACACAUCCAUGAAGCUACAGGUUGUUGCAUGUUUGUAUUCAAUAUAUUUUUUUUCCUAGAGUUGCAGGUCAAUUACCAUUUGUGGAAAGCCAGUGGGAGUUUGGAGUUUAUUGUCAAUCAAGAAGAAAUUAUAUGAAAUAAUUUCUGUUUUUCAUUGAAAGCAAAGACUUAAUGAUAUUACUUUAGAGCCAUCUAGUGGAUUAAGUUUGCACCAACAUGCAGGUCUGUGUGAACAAUGCUCCAACCUAACAUGUUUCAUAAUUUAGUAAAGAUUUGAAUAUUUUCUAUGCAGCUAAUCAGAAGGAGCAGAACAAUAAACUGAAGUUCUUUAGUCACUGAACUCAUUUUUCAAAUUUGAAUGGCUGUAUGUUGAAUAAUAAAUGUUGAUAGCAUGUUAUGUCAAACUCUACUGGAAUUCCUUCUUAGUUUUGACCAAAAAAUACAUACAUUCUUGAGUGGAAUCAGUUGUUGUUUCAUGUUGUAGCAAGAAAAUAUGUUAAUUCAGGUCCCUUUUUAUGCCAAGGUCUGUCUUUAGAAGGUGGAACGCUUAAGCAGUGAACAAACAUGAACAGAAGCUUUUGUUUUCAGUCUUGGUAAACUUUCCUAACUGUUUUUUGUUUCUUUUUUCGUUCACAAUCUUAAUCCAAGCUUCACUUAUUUUUGGUUGCAUGCUAUACAAUAGCAGAUGCCCAAAUGGGUUGAAAAGUUAUUAACAUGUAAUUAAAUUUUCUCCUAUUAGUAGGCUUUUGAGGUUUGUAUCUAUCAGCUUUCCAAAGUAGCUUGAAUUCAGUCAGACUGGUUGGAGACGGUUUGUGAAAAGUUGUGGCAUUCCCACACAUGCAUUUGCUUUUAAUCUCAACUAUAAAAUUUUAACACUUUGUUUUGGUUUGUCAUGUGGAAAGAGAAACCACCACUGCAGUUCUGUGUCUUUUGCAGCUUUUAACGGGUUUUCUUUCAGUAAUUGGUGAUAUUUAGUUUCAUCCAAAUUACCGUAAAUCCUGAAACGCUUCCAUGUGUCUGAUGAAAAAUAGCAUUCCAGCAACAUGCUGUUGGUGUGUUAGGUGCCUCUAAAGUGGUACUUUUGUUUGUUUUUUUAAGGUUCCCCAUAAGU